ACUCGACAUUCACAGAUCAACUCCUCAAACAUGGCCCACUUACUUGCUCUGCCUCCGCCGGAUGAGUCCACCCUCAGGAUUGUCUCUGUUGGGAAAACUGGAAGUGGGAAGAGUGCAGCAGGAAAUACUAUUUUAGGAAUGAAAGCCUUUGAAUCCUACAUGUCUCCAUCUACAAUAACAUUAACGUGUCAGAGAAAAACCGGGAUGUUUAAGGGUCAGCAACUUGAAUUUAUUGAUACUCCAGGUCUGUUCAAUGCUGCUAAAUCUGAAGAUGAAACGGAGAGAGAGAUCCAGAGAUGCAUCUGGCUGUCUGCACCGGGUCCUCAUGUGUUCUUGGUGGUCAUGGCGCUGAACAGAUUCACACCUGAAGAACAAAGAACACUGCAGAUCAUCAAGAAGAUAUUUGGAGAACAAGCAGCAUGUUACACCAUGGUGUUGUUCACUCAUGGAGAUGAUCUGGAAGCUGAUGGAACUUCAGCAGAAAAUUUUAUAGAUCGAAAUCCCUCUCUCCGUGCUUUUAUCAGUCAGUGUGGUGGAGGAUAUCAUGUCUUUAAUAAUAGAAACAAUGAUUCAUCUCAGGUCACAGAGCUGCUGGAGAAGAUCAACAAGAUGGUUCAAAGGAAUGGAGGAAAAUACUUCACCAAUAAGAUGUUUGGUAAAGCCCAACAAGUCAUGGAAGAAGAGGCAGCACGACUUAUGAUUGCAACUCCAGGCAUGAAUGCCAUAGAAUUUCGACAAAUCAUAGACGGAUACACCUGGGCUAUUUUAAUGGCGUUUAACAUUUUUGAAACAGCUAAAGGUAUGUGGACGAGUGUAAAAGGAUGUAGUAUUCAGUAAUGUUCUAAAAAAUGCUUAAUGGGGUCAUAGAAUGAUUCUAUAGGGUAUUUGGUCCCUAAGGUCUCUGAAUAGGGUGUGUAACAUUGGUUGGGCUGAAAAUGACAUAUUUGCUGUUCUAUGAGCCUUAAU